AUGGUUGUUCUGGUAGAGAAGCCCGGUGGCUUACAGUGGCUCAAGCCUCAAGGUUCAGCUGGCUUGUAUGGCGCCAUUGAGACACCCACGCACAUAAAUAAACGCACCUCCUGCAACAUCCGGCCGGAAGGCAAAAAAACUAUCAAUCCAAAUCCUCCAACGAUGUCUUUUAUCAACAUUUCCCAGAGAGCAUACAUCAUCAAAUUUGCACUCGUAGCUUUUAUCCUUACCCUCAGGAUCCACUCGGGCCAGGCUGUAGGCGGGAGAAGACAACAAUGUGGCUACCAUUUCUUCUUGGCCGACGCGAGGCAGAAGCGAGCUUCUUGCAGGCAGGACAACGAACAUGAUAAUCAAUGUGCGCCCGAGAGCUGUAGGAGCGAUAUCGACGGAUUCAAGUGGGACCAGCUCGAAUUCUGGUUUUGCCAUCCAGUCGACGGUUUUGUAUUGCAUCGACCCAUAAAACCAGCCCAAUAUUUUCGUCGAGAUAGCUACGCUGAGGUUCAGGAAGCUGGUACCCCCAAUUGGUUCCGUUGUGCUUACUCGUAUGCAUCUAAUCGUCAAUUGAUGAUCUGUAACGACUGCUUGUGA